AUGGCGGGGGCGGUGAAGGGGGGCAGCAGGCCGCCGUGGGUGGGGCUGGGGGCAGCGGUGUGGGUGCAGGUGGCGGCGGGCAGCGCGUACGCGUUCCCGCUGUACUCGCACGCGCUGAAAGCGGUGCUGGGGUUGAGGCAGCAGCAGGUGGCGAUGCUGGGCGUGGCCAACGACAUGGGCGAGAACCUCGGCCUCGUCCCGGGGCUGCUCUGCAACCGCCUGGCCCCCGGCCUCGCCCUCGCCGUCGGCGCCGCCGCCUGCUUCCUCGGCUUCGGCCUCCUCUGGCUCGCCGUCUCCCGCACCCUCCUCGGAUUGCCCUACUGGCUGCUGUGGAUCGCGUUAUACGUCGGAACGAACAGCAGCGCGUGGCUCAUGACAGCAGUUCUGGUGACCAACAUGAGGAACUUCCCUGUCAGCAGAGGCACCGUCGCGGGGAUCCUCAAGGGAUAUGCAGGCCUCAGCGCAGCGGUGUUCACUCCGAUAUACUCCGGCCUCCUCGACAGUUCCCCCACAAAACUCUUGCUCUUCCUCGCGCUGGGCCUCCCUGCUGUCUGCCUCGCCAUGAUGUACUUCAUCAGGCCCUGCACUCCCGCCUCAGACGACGACUCCUCUCAGCACGGCCAUUUUCUGUUCACGCAGAUCUGCAGCGUCUUUCUCGGCAUUUACCUUCUCACCACGACGGUUUUGAGUAGUUUUCUCUCGUUAUGUGAUGCUGCCAAUUAUAUUUUGAUCAGCAUCAUGGUCCUCUUCCUCCUCGCGCCUCUCGCGAUACCUGUAAAGAUGACGCUAUUUCCGAAAAACAGAAAGAAAGUUACCGUCGCUGCGCCUUCGAGUUCGUCGGAGAAUUUAUCGGAUCAAGACAAGUCGGCGCCGUUAUUGGCGGCCUCGCCUUCAGGAGCUGCUCUCGAGGACUUACCGGAGGCCGACGAUGCGAAUGAUGUGCGCAUUCUGUUAGCUGAAGGGGAGGGGGCAGUGAAGAGGAAAAGAAGGCCGAGGAGAGGGGAGGACUUCAAGUUCAAAGAAGCCGUCGUAAAAGCCGAUUUCUGGCUUCUUUUCGUCACGUACUUCUUCGGUGUCGGCUCGGGAGUCACAGUUCUUAAUAAUCUGGCACAGAUUGGCACCGCAGCAGGCGUCGAUAACACGACCGUCUUGCUUUGUAUUUUCAGCUUCUGCAACUUCCUGGGCCGUCUCGGCGGUGGGGCUGUUUCUGAGCAUUUUGUGAGCGCAAGAAUGCUUCCUCGAACGAUAUGGAUGGCGGUGACGCAAAUCAUAAUGAUCAUAUCAUACCUCCUCUUGGCCUCGCCUUUCACCGCCGCUCUCUACGCGACGACCGCCUCAUUGGGCUUAUGUUACGGAGUCCAAUUCUCCGCGAUGAUACCGACAGCGUCUGAGCUUUUCGGGCUGAAGAAUUUCGGCAUGAUCUACAACUUCAUGCUGCUGGGGAACCCGCUCGGCGCCUUCUUGUUUUCUGGCCUUCUUGCCGGGUAUAUCUACGACAAGGAGGCCGCGAAACAACAUCAUGACACACUACUUUUCGAGAGCUCGAGCCUCACUUGUUUAGGGCCUGAGUGUUUUAGGCUCACAUUUCUGGUUCUUGCUGGUGUUUGCUGCCUGGGGACUUUGCUGAGUAUUGUUCUUACUGUGAGAAUAAGACCGGUAUAUGCGAUGCUUUACUCCGGUGGUUCGUUUCGGGUGCCUCGAAGCUCCGGGUAUUGAUCGGAAAGCGAUCAGUUUAACUCAUUCUUUUGCUGUAUGAUUGUUCUGCUGUAUCUGUGUUUAUUGUGUUUGUAUUACUGUGUUUGAGAGAAUUUUUUCAAAUUUGGGUGUGUUUUUCUUUUGUGAUUUUUGAUGAGGUUUAUACACAUAUUGGUUGAGGAAUUAAAAUGUACUCAGAGUGAUUGUAACAGAUGAUUCAUUUAUUGUAUUAAGU